GUUGAAUUUUUGGAGAGAGAGAGAGAGAGAGAGAGAGAGAGAGUGGUCUUACACACAAGAAAAGAAGACCAAGGUUGAGGAUGAGCUUUUGGUACUUUAUUUAGUCUUACAAGAAUCCAUUCCAGUUAGGGUUUGGUCUCAUUUCAGACACACACUGCACCAAAAUAGCAUCGGACAUUCCAACAGCUUCAACUUCAUACUUCAAUUCUUCAUCGCUGGUGACCCAUUUUGUGAUUGUUAGAAGAUUCGGGAAAAUGACGGUACCAAAGCAAAACUAUACUCGAAUAAACACUUUGGAGCUGAAAGCUGUUAUUGUAAAGAAGGUUGGUAAUCAGAGAGCUGGCACGUACUUUGAUCAGCUUGGGAAGUUGGUUAGUUCAAAGAUCAGCAAAGCUGAGUUUGACAAGAUUUGCAUCACGACGAUUGGAAAGGAAAAUGUUCCUCUCCAUAAUCAACUCAUUAGGGCAAUUUUGAAGAAUGUUUGUUUGUCUAAAGUUCCACCUCAUAGAAGUUCUGCAAAAAAAGAGAGGGUCUUGAAUGCAAAAGAUUCAAAUCGGCAGCAGAGCAGAUCAAUUCAAAUGCAGUACGGGGAUGCCUUUCCUCCUUCUCUGCGCAGGGGUGGUUCUUUGGCUACUUGUGAAGGGAUGCUUACGGGUCGUCAGAGUGCUUUGGGACAGUUAGGGAAGCCCCGAAACCUUGGAUCUAAAGAUUUGAUCUAUAAGACUCCAGAGCAGCAGAGUGCAACAGAACUGAAUUCCCUUGGCAGCAGACCUCCUAUUUCUGUUGAAGAUGGAGAAGAGGUUGAACAGCUCGGUGGAAGCCCAAGCCCAAGCAUUCAAAGUAAGAGUCCUGUUGCAGCCCCUCUUGGGGUAUCCAUGAAUUCUGGUUAUGGACGUAGUCCUCUUUCUAUUGCAUCAUCAUGCAGAAAGCAUCCUCGAGAAACCUGUUUCAGCAAUGGAUAUCUCCCUGACACAUCAUCUUUGAGGAGUCGUUUGGAGCAAAAGUUGAAGAAGGAGGGUUUAACCGUGACAGUGGAUUGUGUAAAUCUAUUGAAUAAUGCAAUGGAUUCUUAUCUGAAGAGGUUGGUUGAAUCCUCUACGGGUUUAUCAUCUGGGUUGAGAUUCGGGAAUGAGCACCGAAGACAAGGAAAUGGACAGUCAAUAGCUGAUUCAAAUAUACUGCAACCCAGAAGGUAUAUGCAAACAGCAACACAAUCUUCUUGCGCAUCUCUCUUGGAUUUUCGCGUUGCAAUGGAAUUAAAUCCACAAGUUCUUGGACCAGAUUGGCCCACACAGCUUGAGAAGAUUUGUAUACGUGCUUCUAAUGAAUGAAGACUUUGUAUCAGUAGAUCAGAAAUUUAAUGAAUGAAGACUUUGUAUCAGUAGAUCAGAUAUUUAGUAGCAGAUGAAACCAAAAAUUAGGCAGGAGUUGGGAGGCAGCCUGCAGUUGUGGAAUGCUUUGAAUUAUGAACUGUCUUUACUUCAACUGACAUGGAAUUUUUGUCUAUUCCCAAAGUCACAACUUGUCAAAAUAUAAUAAGCUAUAGCAUUAUUUUAGAUAGAGAUUGAUAAUUGUUAGGAAGUGGGUCAAGUCAAUACAAGAGAUAGGAACCUCUGGAUAGGUUAAUAAGUUCAUUGUAUCAUGUAAUACCAUUUUUCAAUAAUAUCCAGUUCUGAUUGUUAGA